AUGGGAACCGUGCGAAUCUGCGUCUGCGGCGAUGAAGGGACGGGCAAGUCGAGCUUGAUAACGUCGCUUGUCAAGGGAGUCUUCGUGACAAACAAGAUCCAGACCGUCCUGCCGCAAGUGACCAUCCCGCCGACCAUUGGGACGCCCGAUAAUGUGACCACGACGACCAUUGUUGACACGUCUGCCCUGCCGCAAGAUCGAAAUAACCUUGCAAAGGAGCUUCGCAAGUCCAACGUCAUCCUUCUCGUUUACUCAGACCAUUACAGCUACGAGAGGGUUGCCCUAUUUUGGCUCCCGUAUUUCCGUUCCCUGGGUGUCAACGUUCCCGUGGUCUUGUGCGCCAACAAGUCAGACCUCUUGCAUGAACAUGGAGAGUCACAGCCAAUAGAGGAGGAGAUGCUUCCGAUCAUGACGGAGUUCAAGGAAAUUGACUCCUGCAUUCGAAGUAGCGCCAGAACACACAGGAAUGUAAACGAAUCAUUCUUCCUCUGCCAAAAGGCCGUGACAUAUCCAAUAUCCCCCUUGUACGAUUCAAAGGAGUCGGUGCUCAAACCAGCAGCGGUACACGUGCUUCAUAGAAUAUUCUAUCUAUGCGACAAGGACCGUGAUGGGUACCUGAGCGACUGUGAAAUUGAAAACUUUCAAAAGAAGUGUUUUGGCAAGCAUCUGAGUGAGGAAGACUUGGCCAACAUCAAAGAUACUAUUCGGAGGGUGUUGCCUGACUCUGUCACGCCGUCUGGUAUAGACGCCAAAGGAUUUCUUCAUUUGAACAAGUUAUAUGUUGAAAAGGGUCGGCAUGAGACCGUCUGGAUCAUUCUUAGAGCCUUUCAGUACACAGACAACCUCUCUCUUCAGGAGGAGUUCUUACAUCCACGGUUCGACGUACCCCCUUUCUCCUCCGCUGAGCUCUCCCCUGCCGGCUACCGCUUUCUUGUUGAUCUCUUCUUGCUCUGCGAUAAGGAUAACGAUGGCGGUUUGAACGAGGAGGAACUUGCCUCUAUAUUUGCCCCAACACCAGGCUUACCUGCGUCAUGGACGGAGGAUUCAUUCCCAUCAUCCACAGUUCGCAAUGAGGCCGGCCACGUAACCCUACAGGGCUGGCUUGCGCAGUGGAGUAUGACCACGUUUACCUCUCCCAAGACGACAUUGGAAUACCUUGCAUAUCUAGGCUUUGAGUCCUUUGAUCGUAACAACCCCACUACCACCGCUGCCCUUCAGAUCACCAAACCCCGGAAACGCCGCAGACGGCCAGGGCGCGUGGGCCGGAACGUUGUCCUCUGCCAUGUCGUCGGUGCUCCAGGCUCAGGUAAAUCCUCUCUUCUGGACGCCUUCUUAUCUAGGGGAUUCUACCCGUCCUACCGCCCAACCAUCCAGCCUCGUACUGCCGUGAACACAGUAGAGCUUCCAGGCGGUAAACAAUGCUACAUGAUCCUCGAUGAACUAGGCGAACUGGAACCCGCUAUUCUCGAUAACCAGGCAAAGCUAUUAGACCAGUGCGAUGUGAUUGCCUACACGUACGACUCAUCCGACCCGGACUCCUUCGCCUACAUACCUAAACUACGAGCUAAAUACCCACACCUAGAGGAGCUACCCAGUGUCUUCAUUGCCCUCAAAGCUGAUUUGGAUCGCACCACGCAACGAGCCGAGCUACAACCAGACGAAUACACUAGCAAGUUGAACAUGUCUGGCCCACCGUUGCACGUCAGCGUAACAUGGAGCUCAAUACAAGAGUUGUUCGUGCAUAUCGCUGAGGCAGCCAUGGAGCCUAGCACUGCUUUUCCCCGCAUCGAAGAAGACGCGGAAGGCAAGUGGAUGGCAUGGGGCAUUGCAAUCGGUGCAGUUGUUUGUGCCAGCGCAGCAGCUGUUAUGAUAUGGAGACGGGUCAGUUGGGGAGGGAAAUACUAG